AGAUAAGCCUUCUUCGGUGUAUUGUAUUGGUGCCACGGUUCAUUGUGAAGUUGCCAGUGACCUUCGGCAGUGACACCAUGCGUACUUUAACCUCGGACACAACUCCGCCUUUGCCUUGUGAGUUCGUUGUGUGUACUGAACGUUGAUCAUUGGUACAGAAUUGGAUACCCAUCAAGCUAACUUUGUCAUUCGAAUCCGGGGAAUUGGCACCAUAUAACAAGCAGUAAUCUGUUUGUAGUUGCAAAUUUCAGUUAGCUGUCUGGUAAAAGAUAACAGCAGAUAGGCCUAUUGCUACAGCAGAUAAAUGUUUGCAAUAUGGAACCGAAUCCACGACUGACAAAAAUUACAAAGGACGACUGUGCUCGUUGGUACCGUGUGUGUACAGACAACGGCUUUGAAGGAACCAUUCCUUACGUUUGGUUGAGGGAUAAUUGCCGCUGUUCAGAAUGCUUCUAUCCCUCCGCCUCGCAGCGAUUGAUGAAGAUGACUGACUUGGAUCCCGAUGUGAUACCGUCAUCCGAGACAAUCGUGGACGAUGGUCGAGUCUUGCGGGUCAUCUGGCCCGACCAGCACCGCAGCGACUUCCAGGCAGCCUGGCUCAGUCGCCGGCAUUUCUCGGACAGGCCGAGGGACGUGGUGACGGAUCCGGAACUGCAGUCGUGGGGAGCCGAGCUGAACGGCAACAUCCCGACCUUCGACUUCCAGAAACUCUUGGAAGACGGCGCUGAGUUGUACAACUGGCUGGAUGUGCCGAUUAUAUACUUGAGAUAUUUAACGUAUUCAGCGAGGGAAAAAAGGGUAUUUAUAAAUGGUGACAUCAUUAAAAACAAACUUAGAAAGCAUGCAUUUUUGCAUGGAAUUUCGCAGAUUCAGAUGCUUCAUUGCCUUCGAAGGACGGUGGAUGUUGAAGGCGGUGAGAAUCAGUUUGUGGACGGACUACACGUGGCCCAACAAAUCCAGAGAGAGUUCCCUGAGGCCUACAAAACCCUGACUACACAAGACGUAGACGUUGCGUGCGCCACUUUCGAAGAUCAUCGUCAACUGCGCCUGAAACGCAGAUCACCGACCAUAAAUUUUGAUAAAAAUGGCCGGUUCCGAAGCAUUAACUAUCACGACGGCUCGAGGGCGCCCUACCAAACCCAAGUUGCAGUGGAACAGGUUACCGGCCUUUACAGAGCCUUGAAGCUGUUCAGUAAUGUGAUGUAUCGGCCGGAAAAUGUGGUGCGCCAUCAGCUGGCUGAAGAAUUGGAUACCCAUCAAGCUAACUUUGUCAUUCGAAUCCGGGGAAUUGGCACCAUAUAA